CUCCGAGGCUGACCAUCUCGCGCCAACGGCCUGCACCGUCAGCAAAAUGUCAUACUCUCCUUGUUCUCUCACCUUGACCUUCACCCACCGUGAAUGCGACCGUCAACGUUGAGAGCGAUGGCAGCACACAAAUACCUAAUAUCCGGCCUGCCGCUACCACUAAACAGCCACCAGCUCAUUAAGAACCUAACGCCAGAUGCGCAAACACCCUCUGUCGCAGCAUUCCGCAAUGAAGUCCUUCCCAAGACGCCCAGUCUGCAGCGACGUGCCAGAAUCAUUGCCCCGCAGUCGCACUUCUCCUUCGUCAAUCCAUUCCCGUCGCCAUUCCCCUACGACAUUCGACCAUCGAAGGAAGAGGAGGAAAGCGAGGAGGGCGUGAACAAGAUCGCGCUGAUCGAGCAAUGGCUAUCCGCGCGGGAAGCGACGCACUUGAAGGCAGUCGAUGCAUCGGACGCAAGCCGCCUGAGGGUAUACCAUCCCCAAAUCCGUGACGAGAGGCGACAGCUCUUGGGUCUUUCGGAGACAGGAUUACGGGACUGCUACCCACAGCUAGAUGUGGGGGACGCGUUCCAGAUCCUGGGGACCCCUUCCCUUAAGGUAGAUGGACCUGAGCAAACUGGGGAAUCGGCGAGCGAAGAGGCGAUCGCAGCGCGACAGGAAUUGGUGGAUGUGCUCGGCGGGCACGCCGUCCUCGGCAAUGACGACUUUGCGCCGUGGUCGAUGCGCUAUAGCGGUCACCAGUUCGGGACCUGGGCAGGUCAAUUGGGCGAUGGGCGUGCUAUCAGUAUUCAUUCCGUACCCCAUCCAAGCGAUCCCGACGCCACGUACGAGAUGCAAUUGAAGGGCGCAGGAAGGACCCCAUUCUCUCGCUCCGCCGACGGCCUAGCCGUCGUUCGAUCCUCCAUUCGAGAAUACCUUGCUAGCGAGGCCAUGCAAGCCCUCGGCAUCCCCACCACCCGCGCGCUCGCGCUCGUCUCCGUCCCCUCCAUUCCCGUCGCCCGCGAGCGCAUCGAGCGCGCCUGCAUCCUCACCCGCAUGGCCCCCUCCUUCAUCCGUAUCGGGAAUUUCGAGGCCGUAAACCCGCCUCACGGGAACAUGAUGUUCUUCGGCGGCGGGCAGCAGCGCGCGGACUUUGAGGCCCUGCGCAUUAUGGGCGAGUGGGUGCAGAAGCGCGUGCUGAGGCUGGGCGUGGCGGAUGGGGAGGCGUGGGGAGAGAAGCUUGUGCUAGAGGCGACCAGGAGGAAUGCGAGGAUGGUGGCUGGGUGGCAGGCGUAUGGGUUCAUGCAUGGGGUGAUCAACACGGAUAAUGUCUCCAUCUUGGGCCUCACCAUUGACUAUGGUCCUUACGCUUUCAUGGACGUCUUCGACACCAUGCAUAUAUGCAACCACACUGACGACGGUGGUCGCUAUGCAUACAAGUUCCAGCCUGACAUGAUCCUAUAUGCACUUCGCUCCCUUCUGAACUCACUCGCGCCGCUCAUCGGUGCCGAGAAGGAGCUCGGCGGGAAGGCUGUAUCCCACGAGUGGGCGGAGAACAAGCCCGAGGAUGAGAUGAAGAAGUGGAAGGAGUCGGGCCUUGAGUUGCAGCCCGAGCUCGAGCGCAUCUUCCAGGAAGAGUAUACGGCCAAGUACGCGGACCUCAUGCGCAAGCGCCUCGGUCUUCGCAAGGCAGUCGCCUCAGACGAGUCCGCGUUGAUUCGCCCGCUGUUGUCAUUGAUGGAGAACCACGGCUUCGACUUCCACCUCACGUUCCGCGCGCUCUGCGGCUUCUCGCCUGAGCUCGCGCCAUCGGCGGAAAGCGAACCUAACCAGGAGCUCACCGCCUUCAUUGAGACUCACCUCCUGCCUCUCACCCCCGAGCCCGAGCGCCUGGAUCAUGCGGGUGCUACGCGCGAUUGGGCCGCCUGGCUAGGCAAGUACGCUGCCCGAGUGCGCGACGAGGGUGUGGACAGUGGGGCAGACGACCGUGCGGCGGCGAUGCGCGCGGCGAACCCGCGCUUCGUACUCCGGCAGUGGGUGCUGGAGGAGUUGAUCCAGCGGGUGGAGGCGGAUGAGGAAAAUGGGCGAAGGGCGCUGGCGAAGGCGAUGAAGAUGGCGACGUCACCCUUCGAAGGCUGGGGAGCAGAGAGCGAGGAGAGGGAGCUGAGUGUGGAGGAACAAGAGGAGCGCCGCUUUUGUGGCAUGGGGCCGCGAAGGAUGCUGGGCUUCCAGUGCAGUUGCUCGAGUUAAGCCGGUACAGGAAGCGCGCAGCUCCAAUGGUUGCGUUUCCGCUUGAUGUGACGACAAAAGCAUCCGUUUGAAGGCACAAGAAAGUGAAAGUAUGACCUAGUAUGACUAACAACAAAAUUGUCACUUUCGAAAGUUACCUAGUUCGGCCUUGCUUCUUUCCGCUUUGGGAACAAAGGCUGUUUGUACAUGGAAAUCUACAUGGAUGGGGUUGGUUGCAACUCCGC